AUGAACUUGUCUUCUGAGCACUGCAACGUGUCAGACUGGCUGCGGCGAGAGGCAGCCGUGAAGGCCUCUGUGUACGUGGUCGCGUUCUCCUGUGCCACGUCCAUCACGGUCGUCGUCACCACAAUCGUGUGGCAGAACCUGGAGCUGAGGAGAGAGGUCCGCUACCUCCUCCUGUGCCAUCACCUCCUGUGCAUCUCCUCCUACUGUGGCCUGGGGGUUGUCUUCCAGGGGAUGCGGGCCCUGCUGGCCAACAGUCCCCUGCUGCUGUGCUGGGUGGUGUUCGGGGCACAGCUGAGCGUUGGAGAAGGCAUCCUCUUCACUCUGGCCUUGAUGGCUCUCAACGCUUGCCUGGCCAUUUGCUGGCCACUCACGUCCCUGUCCUUGGUCGAAUCGGUCAAGUGUAGGAUUCUGGCUGGCACCUGGGCAACCAUCAUCCUCAAGAACGUUUCCCUAUUCUUCAUGGAGGGCGCCAACUCCCCUGCGGGCGCUGUUUUGAAAUCCGAACCCUUUUGCCCUGUGAUCUUGAACGGCAUUGCUGCCAGAGCUGUAGGCAUGACCUUCCUCCUCGUCCCCUUGUCUGCCAUUCUCAUCAGUUACUCUCUGAUCUACCGGGAGGGGAAGCGGGCUGGCCAUUUCAACAGGGCCAACAUCAGAGCCAGGCGGCGGGUCCUCGUCCACCUGGUGCAGAUCAGUCUACAUGUCAUACCGACCCUGCUGAUCAUAGGUCUGGGAAAGAUGUGUGGGCUGUUUUUCUUUGCUCUGAACCUGGUGCUUUUCAGUGUCUUUGCGUUUGCCCAGUGUUUUAACCCUCUGGUCUACGGGCUCCAGGAUACAGAACUGCAAAGCAGAUGGCAGGAGUGGUUGUACUGCCGGCCGGGCUGUGGGCGCGUGGUGAACAGCAGAGGGCCGGUAUAA